UCUGGAGCAUCAUCAUGUUGCAGUGUUGCACAGCCAUGAACGUGACUUCCAUGAUCACCUUAGCCUCAGCUCGUCUCAGAUCUCAUGGGUGUCAAUCACAUUACUAGCUAUAGAUUGCGACAGCUCACAAGGUACUUGAAUACACUGUGAUGGAGGACGUCUUUCCUCAUCCCGUUAAUUACCCAAGAUGCCCGCAGACGACGCCCCUCGCAAGCCAUAUGUCCUCAAGUUUCCCAAGCCAACCAUCGAGCUUUUCGAGGCUGCGCUUCCCACUUUGAAAGAGGAGUCCAGGCAAUGCAUUGAGAAUCUGUUGAAUUACCGUGCCCAACAUACGCGGGUCAAGUUCCCGCUGAGUCUGAGUGCUGCGGUUUUGGUUCCAUUGUUUAUCGGUCGUGCGGGGGAUCUGUAUGUGUUGCUGAGUCGGCGGUCGGCUAGCUUGAGGCAGUAUGCAGGUGAUACUGCACUUCCGGGAGGAAAGGUUGAGCACCAAGAUCUUACUGAUGAGGACACUGCGAGGCGCGAGGCUUUUGAGGAGAUUGGGCUUGUCCCAGACCGGGAACGAGUCCCUUUGCUCUGCGUGAUGGAACCAUUCCUUGCUGGUAACCAGAUGGUAGUGACUCCGGUCGUUGUCCUCAUUCUCGACAAAACUAUGCAGCCCAAUCUCAACGAGUCGGAGGUGACCUCAAUAUUCUCACAUCCCCUCGCCUCCUUCCUCGCAUCGUCAUCUCCUUUCCCUCCAUACCGUGUUCAAGAUCCUUCCAUGCCCUACCACACGACGACGGACUGGGAAUGGAGCAAAGGUAGUACAAUUCGUAUGCAUCGCUUCCUCACCGGGCGAGAAGCAGACGGCGUGAAACCUGUAUUCGGGUUCACUGCGAGGAUACUAAUUUACGUCGCCAUCUGGGGAUACGGACGCGCUCCAGACUUUGAGUUCCAGCCGCCAAACGCGCCUACGCCGGCUCAGCAGAUCGCUCAUGCGCUCCUUACACCUGCAAAUCCUCUGCGGUUGGCGUGUGAGUGUGAGGGCAACGAUGCAGAUAUGAUGGCUGCCUCUGUCCUGCAUACACUGGGGGGGCUGAACACUGAGCCUCCUACAAUCGAGUGGGACAAAGUUAGCCAUGAUUGGAGGCAUCCAAGGGAAGGAGGCAUCUCACAGCACGUCGAUGCUACCAAACGGAAGACACAGAAAGUUGCAAAUGAGCACCAGGACACGACGCAUAAGGAGAAGCAGGAGCGUCAUUGGGAAGCGGGGGAGGGCGUGGAAUCGGGCGAAAGGAAGGUCGCAGGGGGCCGAAGUGGCCUGAACGAGCGCAAGGAGGGUGAUGCUAAACUCUGAUAUCACGCCCUCACCUGAUUAUAUCUCACUGUUUUAAAACUGUGUCGUGUUCAACUACAUUUGAAUUUCUGAGUAAAUGUCUGAGCUUCGGUACUCUUCAUUAGAAAUGGAGGGGAACUUGGAUAACAAUUCUAAUAAUAAUUUGUUUACCGCGGUAGUUGCAGUCAUUGUUUGUCUUUUAUCUCUCCCCUGAGCCUCAAACCUUUGUGUGGAUAUGACGGUCUGACCUGUAGCUGGGGAGUGUACCAGUGGCACAGGAAAGCAACCUUUGAGGCAGUGGUCUUUGAUCGAUUUCUUCAGUCGUUUAUCGUUGACCAGCCGUUG